AGAUUUGAUCUGUCUUUUUUACUUUCUCUCAUUCGCCCCAGCAACAACCACUGCAGCGUCACCAACCUCCCAAAGUGUUGCUUCUGCCCUUCGCUUGUUCCUUUCUCUACUACUACUACUACUACUACUACUUAGCGGCUGGCUUUUCGUUAUUUCUCUCUGACGCGUCUGACGUUGCUCCAAUUUGAUAUCUUUGAUAUCACCACACAAGCUUUCUCCCCCGCGCUCGAGAGCUUCUCCGCAUUUAUAUGGUGCUCCUGCGGGCGGUCGUCAAGGUCCCUCCGCCCGACGUGGUGGGGAGGGAGACGUCCGCCGUCGACCCUCACGAUGUCCGCUCCAUGAUGGUCCUCGUCCCAGACCCCGAGCAGGAGACGUUGGUCCAGCUGGCGGCCCGCAUCUCCCGCAUGUUCACGAAGCUUCACCCAGCAGCCCCACCUCUCCGUAUCAAGAAACUUGUCGACGACGAGCGCCCCACGGUCGACCUGGACCUGGACCUGACCGUUGCCGAUGUCUUUGUCAACAAAGGCCAUGCAGCCUCCAGCGCUUCGGACCAGUGGGCCACCAUCCGCGUCCUGCAGCACCCCACCACGCGUCGCAUCAGAUACCGAUCCGUCGUCCAGGAUUGGACCCCCGCCGCAGAGAACGAUGGUCGUGCGCUGUCCGCAAGACGACGAGCCCUCCCUCCCAUCCCGCUCUUCAGCCAACGUCCAUCCGCCGCCCUCCAGAGCCAACCUGGCCAUGUGAGAACCUCGAUUGAAAGCGACAACGGCCACGCCGUCGCACGCCCGUCCGCCCGCGGCGGCGGCUUCCAGGCCAACCCAGUCCCCGCCACUCCCACCUCCGGACAUGCAGCUCGCAAGCGGAAACGGUCCCCUUCCUCCCAGCGCAGGCUUACAGAUGAUGAAUCUUUGCCCAACGAGCAAAUCUCCCUCUCCCCCAAUUUUGACGUUGCGAUCAGAUCAUCCCUCUCUUCAAACCGUGAGCUUGUCAAUAGCGACCAAACCACUGAUGUUUUGGAGUCUUGUGCCGACAGAAGCCCGCGUCCUUCCGGUCGGCCUCCCCUUCGUGUGUGUUACGGCGCUUCUGUAGAUGGAGACGGCGAGCUUCUACGAACGGCCACGGCGCAGCAACGACGCAGCACGGUCAACCUCAUACCUACGCCGCCAGCUAGAGCCAAUAGUACCUCGACACGACCUAACACAGCCAACGGUCGUUCGGCCCAUGCAAACAGUGUGGAUGGUACAUCCACGCGUAUUCGCGCAACCAGGAGCAGUACGUCACCACAGACCACCACCACUGUUGAAGGUAGACCCAGCCAGGCUCGCACAAGAUCGAACAAUGAAUCAUCGCAGACUGCUGCUACUGCUGCUGCUACCGCUGAAGAUGCGCCCACUCUCAUUCGCGCAGGAAGCAAUGACGCAUCGUCGCAAGCUACCACUCCUGCCGAAGAUGUAUCUACGCGAACCCGUACGCCGGGCAACGAGGCAUCGUUACAGGAUACUACAGUCGAAAGUGCAUCCACGCGGGCUCGUCCCACUGAAAACAGUCCCUUGACCCGGGCCAGCACCGCAGACGGUCUGUCUAAGCGAACUCGUGCGAGAAGCCGCAAUACACGGUCACAGACUGCCACUACCAACGAUACAUCGACGCAGCCUACCAGCAAUGUAGCUGUGGUUAUCAAUAUUUCUGACCCUGGAUCUAUCGAACGGCCCGCAAAGCGUCGACAGACCAACAAUAAAAGGGCAAAUGGUGCUGUCUCUGGAGAACAAAAUUCCAAUCACCCUGGCACAGAGAAGGCAGGGAGCGAUUCCGAUGUGCAAAUGAUCGAUGCCUCGCCUAGCAAAUAUGCAAGGUCGACCAAAAACGCGAAAUCAGGCACCAAAAGGUCUUCCAAACGAAAAGGCAUAGCCAAGCAAGACAAGACUGGUGAAUCCAAAUGUUUCAUAGACCUGACAGCAGCAGGCCCUGAGCCAAAGAUUGACGACCCUAGUACAUCGGCAAAUGGUGGAGAGGAUCAAACAGCUACACAGCAGAAUCAAAAUGCUCGCAAGAUCGCGGGUUUGCUCCGGGGUAGCCGUCUUUUCGUUCCUAAUCCAGACAUCGAGAUCCUAGGUGCUGGUGAAAAACGCGAAUCAGCUACAGAGUCGAAGUCGAAGAGCUCUAAGAAAGCACCGGAAUCCAAAGGUCAAGAAACGCGGAAAGUUGAUGGCCCUUCGACUCGCGUUUCUUCGCCUGCAGCGAGGCGUGGUUUCACCAGUAAAUUUCCUGACUGGGUUACGGAAGCGUGGUUCGAUAAUCACGAUAGAGAGAGAGUUUUGGAGAAAGAGCUUGAGGACGCACGAAAACAGGGUCGUCCGACGAGGGAACUCCAGCAGCGUGCCCUUGUGCUUGAUUUGACGAAGCAGCUACAUGCCGCUGAGCAGCGAGGCCUGGUUAUUCAAGCUCCGAGACUAAGAACCCGCGUGGAAAACGCCCAAAAGGACCUUGAUGACAUGAUGACUGAGGUUGAUAGACAAGAUACCGACAAUGCAGUCGCAUGUGACGUUCCAGGCGGAUCUAGUCCUAUCUUGACCGCCCCUGCACACGCUGGCGAUGAGGAUGAUGAUACCGCCCACCAAGUCCCACAAGUUGCCAGAAGCGCGCAAGAGGCCCCGACUCCAUCAAAGUCCGCAAACUCGGAAUCCGGGGCCAACGCCACAAGCGGUAUGUCUGUCGCAGUCACCAGCCCUGUGAAUGAGAGCGCUACCGGUCGCGCAACGACUCCGGCCUCAAGGCUCGGGACAAAUGGAAAGAAUCUUACCCUUGACAAGGACUCGCCAGCAGUGGCUGACGAUGCAGAAAGUAUCAACUACGCCGAGAAAGGAAGCGCAAAGGAUGUAUUUAAAAAGACAGAAAAAGAAGCUAAGAAACGCGCACUUGAGAAGAAAGCAUUUUCACCGGGCGUCGUCGAUGAUAUUAGCACCGGCAGCGAUAGCGACCCAAGUAACUUCGAUCUUAUCCCUGACAGUUUGCCCGCGAAUGUCAAUAACUCGGAUAGUGAAUAUGUCGGAAAAGACUUGUUCAAAGAUUUGGGGUUUGACGCGCACUCCGAAAACAAUUCUCAUUCAAAAGUCAAGCCCGCCGCAGCCGAUGAGGCCUCUAAAGCCAGCGGGGCGAAGAGAAAGGCCACCCAGCCCAAAACUCCGGCACAAUCCAAGAAAGCCGCCAAAUCAAAUCGUUCCGGCGUUGCGAGUUCUCCUCUUCGUGCCUCCAAGGCUGAAUCCUCCGGGUCGAUCUCCUUCUCGCAGCCAGCACCUACCUCUUCUCGCACCUCUCUCCCCAGCGCCAUGGCUAACAAUAUCUUUGCCCCCCGGGAUCGAAAGCCUUCUCGCCCAAGUCUUAAAGCGCUCCGCGAUGAACACAUUCCAAACAAUGCCAGCAUCACCUCUAGUCCUAACGCCGGGCCGGGCACCCCUACAAACAAAGCCACUCCUCCCGCAAGCAAAAGUUUCAUCAAACACGGCUUAACUUUUCUUGGGGCUGCUGCCUCAAGACCUUUCUUGCGCCAGAUGUGAUAAAAGAAUGAACAAUGAGAAUACUCUUAUCUUGCAAUCACCAGUUUCGUCAAUCAAUUCCCUGUUUUUUACGAUACCCCAGCUCGUCCAAUCCUUUCUGUGGUUGAGACCGUCAUACCUUUCUACGUCCUGUACUAUCUUUUUAAUCACUUAUCUGUCGGGGCUACCAUGUCUCGAGGCGGCUUUCUCUUAACUUUUACCAGAUCCUGUCUUCAACUCCAAGGAUGGUUUCUGGUGGAUUUAGCGAUAGGUGGCGCUUGAGGAUCUUAACCCGCUUGAUGCUGUCACAUCGUCUACUUGCGACUUUACCGCGUCUAUGGCGAAGAAAGAGAGGAAG